AAAAAAAAAAAAAGAAGAGGAAAAAGGAGAAAUUGAUUUAUUGCUGCUUCUAUUUAUGUUUACAGCACAACUAAAUGAAUCAAUUUCAUUUGCAGAUAGUACUUUCUCAUUGAUAGUGAAAACUACUCUUUGCCUCUUAAAGGGUUGUAAAAGUUUCUCUUAUGUACCGAAACCAUCUUUAUGCAACUUUCCCAGUGCAAUUACCUUUCAAACUAAAGCAAUAUUUGGAAGCUUGUAAGUCACUUGCAAUGGUAAAAAGUUCUGAAGGAAGAACUAUUGCUAGCACAAAUGAAGCUGUAAGUUUUCUUCUUUUCUAGUUCACUGGAAAACAUGGAAACUGUAUUUUCCCACUCAAUUUUAGGAAGCAAAAUGCAAUGUACCAUCUGGAGAAAAAGAGGAAGAAGCUGAGCAACCCAGUGAUAUAGAGGAAGGUGGAUUAGAUCUCAGCGUGUCACUCAAACCAGUCAGUUUCUACAUCGCAGACAAAAAAGAAAUGCUUCAACAGUGUUUCUGUGUCAUAGGGGAGAAGAAACUACAGAAGAUGCUGCCUGAUAUUUUAAAGAACUGUUCCAUGGAGGAAAUUAAAAGGCUUUGCUUGGAGCAGUUGGAGCUGUUAUCUGAAAAAAAACUGUUGAAGAUUCUUGAAGGCAAGAAUGGAGCUGAUUCUGAUACUGAUGAGGAUGCAGAUGGAGGAGACAAGACUGGAGGUGAAUCAGUCAGUCAACAGGACAACAGUAUAGACUCUACUUCAUCUCUGAGAGAAGACAACAAGCUCGAAGGUCAGGAAUCAAAACAAGGCAAAGGCGAAGAUAGUGAUGUCCUCAGCAUAAAUGCAGAUGCAUAUGAUAGUGACAUAGAAGGCCCAUGCAAUGAAGAAGAGUGUCCAGAUGUGCAAGAAAAUGCUGUCAAAAGUGGAGCUGGUCAUAUAGAUGACCUUCAGAAGGACAUUGAGAAAAGUGUGAAUGAGAUAUUGGGGCUGGCAGAAUCCAGCCCAAAAGAGCCCAAAGCAACAGCCUUACCUGUUCCUCCAUCAGAAGAUGUUCAGCCAUCAGCACAACAGCUGGAGCUCCUGGAGCUUGAGAUGAGGGCCAGAGCUAUUAAAGCUUUAAUGAAAGCUGGUGAUGUGAAAAAACAGCCCUAAGGUGGUUUUGUUUAAAUUUUCAGUAUUUGUUUUGAAGGGCAUGAUGUCAGUUCUCUUCA